AUGGAGCUGAGCUCCGGACAGCGGGUUGCUGUCUAUCGUUACAUUGCCUAUGUCGCGGUAACGUUCUCCGUGCUUACCGUACUUACCGUUUGCGUCAGUCUUCCUAUGGUCUACAACUAUAUCUACCACAUGAAGAGAUCGGUAAAUAUGGACGUCAGCUUUUGCAAGGGGUCAGCGAAAGAUAUUUGGAAUGAAGUAGAGCGGAUAAUGAACUUACCACCAGCACACAACCGAACAAUCCGAUCCUAUGGCGUUGGUGGUGGUGGUUAUGGCGGAGGUGGCGGAGGUGGCGGCGGUUCCUAUGGCGUGGGUGGA